AUGGCGAUGGCGAUGGCGGUGGCGGGGGUGGCGGUGGCGGUGAUGGCUCGUAGGAAAAUAAAAAAAAAGCUAAAGCGUGCUCGGGCAAGGAUACAAAAAGAUGAUGGCGAUGGCGGUGGCGGUGGUGGCGGUGACGGAGAUAAUAUACCUGGAGAUGGCAACGACGAUGGUGGAUACGGUGAUCAUGGUGGCGAUAACGGCGGAGGUGGAGGGCAUCAUCACGGCGGAGGGCAUCAUCACGGCGGUGGAGGGCAUCAUCACGGAGGAGGGCAUCUGUUGGAAUAA